UUCAGUUAUUGGAUGUCAUCAAUUCCGUCAAUUCGGGGCGAACCAUUCCUAUUCUAAGAAUUCAAUCAUCAAAUAGAAUUGACUAAACCUCCUCAUCUUCCAGGGCCACCACCAUUACUAUUGCUACAAGAAUACCACCAACCUUAGGUACUCUUUUCAUUCCGUCGGGUCUCUACUGCCGGUUCUCUUCCCCUCUCUCUCAUUCUUGGGGCAAUUCGUGAUUCUUCUUUUCCUAUUAUUCCUCCGCCGCCGAUUCUUAGCCUAUUUGUCAUCUCUGCUCUCAUAUGAAUCACGCUGCAUACGACCAACUUCCUACUUGAUCCGACAAUGGCAGCGCAGAGUGUUGCGUUCUAGAGGGUGGUUGUCCCUCGUUGAAGAAUCGCGAUGGCACCACCCUCGCGAUCCUACCACCUUGUAUCUCGAUCCCAUUAACUGUCUUAAAUAAACUACGGAGCGAAUCUCCACGAAUACCAAGAAUUAAACUUGACUUAGGCCUACUUUCAAGUUUUAUAUUCGAGCAUUGACUGUCGCGUGACGUCUGUUUCGCGUUGAUUGUGUUGCCGUUUUCACGUCUACUUGAUACCUAAGUGUUCUAGAAUUCUUGAGCAAAGCAACUUGCGAUUCCGAAUACACCGACGUCUACACGAUGCGCCGCAAGAAUGGUGGAGCGAAGGGUGCGCGGGUUGUAAAGGGCCCAGGUCCGACACCCGUUGCUGCAAUCUCUUCUGCCACCACUCCACUAAGUUCGGCUCUGCCUUCUACUUAUACUUCAGAAGCAGAGCAUGAUAUCAACGAUGAAGUAGCCAAAUUGCAAAUCGGCGCUCUUACGCUGAAUAACUCAACAUCGAACCAACGAAAGCCGAAACGAGAAAAACCACAGCCAUUCCGGUUUCUCGAUCUUCCGUCCGAGCUACGCUUGAAGGUCUACGAUUACCACUUUGUUAACAUCGGCCAUGUGCUCGACCUCGACUACGACAACCACAAGAGAAUCCACCAGAAGCUAGCUAUUCUCCGAUCUUGUCGCACCAUAUACCAGGAGGCAUCGUAUUUGUUCUAUAGCACCCAUCCGGUUCGCAUAUUUCCGACGACUCCCGGACGUUUCUUCAAAACUAAGAAACCCUUACUAGCUCGUAUGAAGCCUAACCAACGAUCGUUCUUGACCUCGCUCGAACUACGUCUGGGACCAGGAUGGAGUAGUCCGCCUAGAGGCUGGGUAGUGAAUCCCGCAUUGGGCCUAUCAGAUUGUGUCAAUGUCACGAGGAUCACCGUCUACGUCGAAUGCGACCCAGGAAAUGAUUUCUUUAAAGGAUUCCGGCAGCCAGACAACUUUUAUGAACGAUUCUCCAAAUCCUUGCUCACUAGCGUCCUCGACGAGAUGCCAUGGGUCGGACGAAUAGAGUUCGAGGCGUGGCCAAACGUCAAGAAAUCAGGGGCCCUGAUGCGUGGACUGAUCGAAGUCGUAAAAUCUAGGGGACUGAAAAUCCUCUGGGGUAAAGAAAGAGGAUGGACCGAUGCGGAGGAGGUCGAACCGCAGCCGGCGUUAGACCUCAAUGCCCCCCUUCUCUUAGAACACGGCAAUCCGGGUAUUAUGGUGGUAGUGUAGCACAAACCGUAGUUUCUUUUUUCUCCUCCCUAUUAUAACAUUGAAACUGCAACGUUCGCAGGAGUACCGGAUGGCAAAGGGUUGAUUGGUACUUGGGAACUAUUUGUUAGGCAAUGGUCACGGCAAUUCCAUGGGUUUCUUGGGUAGUGUACUCGCCUCUCACUCAGAUAACUUCGGCCUGAAGAGGACCUGAAUUGAUAGGAUUUCAAUCGAGUAAUCGUUUCCUGCAUCACUGUGUCCUUAGUUCGAUAUAUGGCAUUCGAAUAAGAACUUCUGUAGCUUUUGGGUUAAAGAGCUUUGCGAGUCAUUGGCAGCGCCUCAAUCUCUCGAUAUGCCUGUUAGAGACGAAUUAUGUGAAAGUUUCUAGAUCUAAGAUAAAAGGGAUAAAAGGAAGGCACCAACAGGCCUAAUAGGAAUCGAACCUAAACUAACUUUUAUUCCUCUACCCAGUAUCUA